UUUCUUGAAAGUUAUUGCCCCUGAAAACUUUCAAUGAGCCCACAUUUGUUUUCCCUUUAUGUACUUUGCUAUCGGUUGCAUUUCAGCUGAUGUCUUUGACAGGUGUGGGUUUGGGGGCUAGAACUUUAAAAAAAAAUUCGAACUUUUUGAGCUAAUCGAACUGUCGUAGUAGAGACAGAGAGGGUUGUUUCAGUUCAGUCUAAACGCUCUCAUUUGUCUCUCAUUCUCUGUAUCGCUCUCUGCUCCAACUCUCCCUCCUAGUAAUUGCUCUCUUUUUAGCCCAAAUCAACUUUUUCCCUCCAUAAACACGCAGAAUUCUUGCGUUUCUUCAUAGCUUUUUUGGCUUUUUCCCAGUUUGAUUUUACCUACGAAGUUGUUCGGAUUAAUCUAACGGAUGUCGAAUUCUGAAAGCGGUUAGCAAAAUUCUAAAAAAAAAAAACAAGAAAAAGUUAACAGCCUUAUACAAAAAUAAUUGUCUAAAACAAAAGGAAGUAAGAACAGGAUACACGCCGCCGUUCCCAAAACAAAAAUAGUUCCAUCCUGUGUUUUGUGUGCAUUUGUGGGCCUCCUGUCCAUAAUUCGUGCCAAACUAGGCCAACUUAAUCGUUAAAUAAAAAUUCAAAAAAAGGAUACAAGAAAAAUAAGGAUAAAUGUAGCCUAGCCGAUUAUUAUCCGCUAUACUUUCUUUUUACUCCUCUGUUCGAGAGCUCUAUAUAGUUUAUGUGAUAGUGUGUGUUAGUUGUGUCGGUAUCAACAUUGUAAAUUGUUAUGUGUUUGUAUUUUGUCAAUUAGUAGAAAAGGUGUGCUUAAUAUCAACAAAGCAGAGCAGUGAAAGGAGCAAACAAAAAAAAAGGAUAUACCUAACCUAGGCAAAAUAAAAUAAAAUAAAAAUAAAAAUAAAAUAGAAAAAAAAGAAAAACAAGGACUAAAAUUGUGAAAAUAUUAUAUUUGUAUAUUUGAAUGCUUGAAUAAUCGGAAAAGUUAUUGGAUUGGCUUUCUGUUUUGUGUGUGAGUGUACAGUUUAUAUUCAUUUACAAAUACCUAUAAAGAGAGAGUCCUUUGUUUGAACAAGGAUAUACUACCCAUAUAUAAAUGUACGACGUGAAUAAAGAAAAAAAUCCAAGUAAAGCGCGAUAGGAUUACAGUGAAAUUUGUAUUGUGAAAUAUAUUUAAACAAAAAAACACGUAAACGAGGAAAUAUAAAAACAGGAUACAGCUACAUAAAGCCACUUAAGAUAUCAUCAGUUAAGAGAGAGAAUAAAGUAAGUCAACAUUAAAUUUCAGUUAAAUUAUUGAGAAACCAGGACACCUGUUUGCAACAGUUUGCUACACACAUACGAAUAAUACUUUCAUCCGUUUGUUUAGGCGGAAGUAAAAGAGGAAAGCUGCAAAAGGAUCAUCGAGUAAUUAUUUCCGCUCAAGUUCUAUUGCAAUUAUCUUUGAAGUAUACAAAGAAAAAGAAGAAAACGAAAACGAAGACAAAAACGAAGAUAGAUAACGCUUCGUUACGCUGGCUACAUACAUUUUGUUCGCUUGUAUUCCGCUUUUAUUUUCUGCAUUAAAUCGUUCAAGUGAAAUCAUAAGGAAGGAAAAAAAACGAAUGGCAACGCUGGCUCUGCUCCGAUGAAAAGAAGAAAAGGCCAUAAAAUACAAUAGUACAAUUAUGCAAAGUUCAAUGAACAUUUUAUUCAUCAUUUGUGGAGAUUACACUUUAGCUUAACUCGAACGAUAGAUAAUAAUGCCGUGGCCCAUUAUCCCAAUCGUUUUAUAGUACCUACACAUACAUAUACAUCCAUCGAGUCCAUAUACAUUACAUAACUGUAUAUGCUUUGAAAGAGUUACAAUCCAUCAUAGUAUCUUCAUUUAAACAACCAAAAAAAAAGGAUAUACCCCAAGUAUACAUAAAACCCAUCGCACAACUGGAUUUUAUUUUGAAUUAUUUAAUUAGUCAACAGUCCAUCCUGCCAUAUGUACAAGGAUAAUUGCAAAUCCCCAUCCAUACCAAAUGACGAUAGUGACGACGAUUCCUCCACCGGCGUCUGUACGGACGUUCAAUUAAUCCGCAAAAUUGGAUACAUAGCUUCGCGCGUUCGGUAUCUUAGCGAGAUAUAUGCGAAUUUUAAAUUGACAAAUCCUUACAGUGACUUAGCAAGUGUGCCAUCAUACAGCUCUGCUGAGAGCCUCGGCAGUACGGCUACGACAACGACUGUUGACGCCCAGCAGAUCGGGGAACACGAUAUCCAGCAAUCGCUAGACUCUGCCGAUGCCAGAUUGCGUCAGCGCAUCCUUGAGAAUUUAUUAGUACAAAUUUAUGAGGAUCAUCAGACGGUGACCGUGAUACGCGAAACGAGAGGCAACUCGAGCAAGGAUCACUGUUUUUACAUAAUGAAUAGCAACAGUACGACCAGCAGCAGUGUUGAGCGUCUGCUGCAAGCCAACGAUGACGAGGACGAAAGCAAUGAUAAUACUCUGCGAAAAAACUUCCUUAAUGUGACCACCACUACAACGGGAUCUAGUCAACGGGAGGCCGGGGGAGGACGAAGCACAACGAUGGUAUCCUUUGCGGCCAGUACCGGUCGGCGUGGCAGUGAUAACGCCCUAAUUGAUUGCCGACGUCGUGGCAGUGGUAGCGAGGCGAUGGAUCAGCUUAAAGUCAAUAAUUGUCAACAGCUUGUGCCAGCUUCUUCCAAGCCCGUGCAUCGAGGUAGCUGUGGUGCGACAGGCGAGCAUCUUCUAGCUGCCAAUUCGAUUGCGAAAAAGUCUACAAUUAUUCUAAGUAAAUCGUGUAAUAAUGUCGAUGCGGGCGGUGGAGCAGGCAAUGGAUGCCCAUCACUCUAUCCCCGACAACAGGGUCCUCUGAAUGGGGAGGGAGCAAAUAACGUUGCUGCAACAUUGUCGGAUAGUAUUGGCGGCGGCGGUAGUGUUGUCGGUGGCACCACUGGGAAUAAUGGAAAUAGUGAAUUCAGCGUUGUGCAAAUGAACAAUACAAUCAUUCAGUGCCACUUUAGCGAUGAUGACUUUAGAGCCUUAGUCAAGGAUUUGAAGCGAAAAGUAGAAUAUACAGAGCGGACGAAUUGGCUAUGUAAGUUAACACACAAGGAAAUGCAUAGUUUAUCAAAACGUCCUAUGGGGCCUCCACACCGAAAAAGCAGUUUACCAAAGCACACCGAGGUUAAGAAACGCUUUCUGGAGAUAUGUGAUACAACGUUCUCGGACGAGGUGAAGGCUGCACUACGUCUGCCCUCGUUUGAUUCGUACGAUUGGAGUGAUUCAGAUGUCAUUCAUUUGAUGCAGACCAUGUUCAUCGAAUUGGGAUUCACACACAAGUUCCACAUACCCAUGGAUACGUUACGCGAAUGGCUUUAUGAGGUCUAUAAGCACUAUAACGAAGUUCCGUUCCAUAAUUUUCGCCACUGCUUUUGUGUAGCACAAAUGAUGUAUGCAAUUACACGACAAGCCAAUCUGAUAUCACGCCUUGGGGAGUUGGAAUGUUUGAUCCUUUUAGUCUCCUGCAUAUGUCAUGAUCUCGAUCAUCCUGGCUAUAAUAACAUUUAUCAAAUAAACGCACGCACAGAGCUGGCUCUCAGGUAUAACGACAUUUCACCUUUGGAAAACCAUCAUUGUUCAAUCGCCUUCCGUUUGCUGGAACAUCCGGAAUGCAACAUAUUCAAGCACUUCAGUAGAGAAACAUUUAAUGUCAUCCGUGAGGGAAUCAUUCGUUGUAUUUUAGCGACAGAUAUGGCCCGCCACAAUGAGAUUCUUGACCAAUUCAAGGAGGUCACACCUACAUUUGAUUACUCGAAUAGAUCACAUGUUAACUUACUCUGUAUGAUUCUGAUCAAAGUCGCAGACAUCUCGAAUGAAGCUCGUCCUAUGGACGUAGCUGAACCGUGGUUGGAUCGCCUUUUGCAAGAGUUUUUCGCUCAAAGUGCCGCAGAGAAGUCAGAAGGACUGCCUGUGACACCUUUCAUGGAUCCUGAUAAGGUUAGCAAACCAGGCUCUCAAGUUCGAUUCAUCGGUCUAGUAUUACUGCCAUUAUUUGAAGCUCUCGGCGAUUUGGUGCCUGAGCUUACAGAACUGAUUAUAAUUCCAGUCCGCAAUGCAUUGGAUUACUAUAAACACUUAAAUGAUGCUCAAAACAAAUCACGCAAAUCUCUCGCUGAGACCGCCGAAAACACUAGCUCCGAUGGAGGCGGUGUAUCCCCACAGCUGCCACGUUCCCAAUCGGGUAUUAGUGUUAAGUCAAGACGUAGUAUACCAUCGCAAAAGUCCGCCUCCCGGAAUUCUGUGGAUGAGCCCACCUGCAUUGCUGCAGAACUGCACGACUUACCCGAGGGCAGUGAGAGUGGUGAUUCUGAGACCGCAACGGAAGUUGAUGUCGCUGAGAAGACCUCUAAAUUCAAAGUGGACACUGAAGGUAGUAGCAACCGAUCGAAGUCAUCACACUCAAAUUCAAGGAAGUCCUCCCGAGAGAAACGUCCAUCGAUGAUUGGAGAAAUGUGCAGUACUGGGGGUAAUCGCAUCCGUAAUUCAUACGGUAACAUUCAUGGUUAUCAUACGAAUCGUUGUCACUUCAGUUCCAAUCGAGCCGUAAGUCUGGAUCAGUAUAGCUGCAACAAUCGCCGCCUCUCGGAUGGCCUGCAGCAAGUCAUCUCAGACAGUAAUGUUUUUUACAACCGACAGAAUCGUGGUAGCGUUGACACUUCCGAUUCCACAUCCCACCAUCUAAGCAGUUGCAUUGAGAGACCAAAGAUAUCUGAAGGUAGUGGCGAAUUGUCUGACGUUGAUGUUUUGAAUAUGAAUACUCCCCAUGGCCCACACAUAAAUAUUACAUCGUCUACUGCGCUCCUAAGCGCUACCAAUGUCACUUCCUCAGUGACCUCGACCGCACCAUCUAUUGACAGUCCCGUCAAUAAUAGGAACGUCAACUCCAACGGAAAUUGCUCACAAUCCAAUGGACUUAACUCUGCCGCCGCCGCCGGCGGGAAUAAGUCAUGGAAGGCGCGCUUUAAACAAAUUUCAGAUUAUUUUUCCUUUAGCUUUGACAAGGGUAACAAACGCUUUGGCAGUACCCGUAGCAGUCCAUGUUCCGUGCGCAACAAUAACGCCAGUGAUUUGUCUAAGCCAGGUGCCGGUAUUUGUUGUACGAUUUCUAAUAACCUCUCUCCCAGUUUCAAACACAAGCAACAUGAAUUGAUCAGCUCUGGCCGAAACCGUGCCUACAGUCUAGACGUACCGACGAGAAAUCGUUACAGUAGCAGUUCGGGUGGUGACAGUCGCAAGUCGUCACGCAACGAGGACAAUAGCAACCGGGGGCAUGAUCUGCUCAACGAAGACAAUAAUAGCAACAACACAAUAAGUGGUGAAAUGGCACCGCCACCUAUCCGCAUUGGAAGCGUCGAUGCCAGCGAGUCAAUCAUCAUUACAUCCACCGCACUUCCGCGCGUCAUAACUCCCAACCUUGGCGACGUUCAGCUGAUGUACAGCGAUAACAUCGGGUCAGGCACUGUUGGGGAACACAUAGACUUGGGGAUUCCAAGCGGAUCACGCGAUCCGCCUAAGAUUUGACACCGGAGUUCAGACACAUACUCAUCAUCGAAUAAUGGUGCUUUUACAAUGCUGCAACAACACUUGCUACCAUCAUCUAAUCAACAACAGCAGCAGCAACAACAGCAUCAGCAUCAGAAUCAGCCCCCUCCUAUCCAACAGGACGACUAUCAACUUCAACAGUUACAAGCUUCCAAUUGUAAUGUGUCUUCGACAAUGAACUUCUGGUCAGCUCUUGGCAAUCGGUUGAGUUCUUUUGUAUGCCAUUGUUGUGAACGUAAGUUGCCAGAUCCGGAGAAUGUAUAAAACAUUUGAGAGGGGGGGUGAUUGAGUAGCUUUGCAAUAAUAAAUGAAACUGUUUUCUUGGGGUGUUCGAUGUAUGGAAGUUUGAUAGGCAUUAUGGGGUCAAUAACUUUCAAAAGUUUUUUUUAAAAAAAAGUUCAUAUGCUUGACCUAUUUUUUCUGUAUCAAAUGAUAAAAAGCUAAUUUGACUUAACCUUCAUGUUUUUUUGAGGUUCAAAAGAUUCUAAAUUCACAAGAACUCAAAACUUACAAGUUUGCAUCAAGUUAUAAUUUAUAUUAAAAACAUAUUUCUGUUAAAUAUAAUAUAAAAAUGGAAAUUUUGACAGUAAAUGAUUUAUUUGUAUCAAACAUUGACAUUUUUGACAUUUUGAUGAUUACCUAAAAGGCGCCUUAAUGUUGAACGUUUCAAAAACAAACACAAAUAAAAAGUUACACAAAAAACAAGUGUAUAAUAAAUGCAUCAAAUUAAUGCUAUUUCUAUGCUUUUUUAAAAAGUUUACUGCUGGAACGAUAAUAUUUAUAUGAAUUUAUAUAAAUUGUUAAAUAUUAUAGUGACCCCAUAUUGUCAAUUUUUGUUUGCAUAAUUUCAAUCUUUUUCUCCUAAGUUGUGACAAAUUUUAUGAAUCUAUGUAAAUCACUUCCAUUUCAAACUUCUUUUUUUAUUUUGUUCAAAACAUCAUUUAGAAAAAUUGCAACAAAAAAGUCCAUUAAAUAAAAUAAAACCAAAAAACUACUAUCAAAACAAUGCACACUAUUAAAAAGAAUAUAAAAUUGCACUCAAAAUGAGAUAAACAAAUAUAAACCAGCAAAAUGGAACAAAACAAUAGUUAUUUAUAUAAUAUUUAAUAAACAAAACAAAAAAAGAAAUUAUAUAUUUGUUUUCGUACAAAAAGAAAAAGUCUAAGUAAAUUAAAAACAAUUAAAUCAUAUACAUUAUUAUUAUUAUAUUAUUAUUAUAAUAUUUGCCCAAAUAUUUAUAUAUAUAUUGAAACAAAUCAACUACAACACACUAACUUGUACGAUUUAAAGGAACAAGCAAAACAAACUAAAUAAAUUAGUAAAAAUUAAUUUUAAGUAAAACAAAUAAAAUACCAUUAAAUCGAUUAUUUUUACUAUUAAUAUUAUUAUCCUAUUAUUUUGAUUGUUUUACGUCGGCAUUUUUUAUUUUAUUGAUUUAAAAUAAAAGAAAAAAAAUAAAAUGAUUUUAUUUUUAUUAAAAAUAUUAUAGUUUACUUUUAAUUUUUAGAAAAAAUUAUUAAGUUUUAAAUAAAACAAAAAUUGAUGUGUGUAUUUUAUACAUUUUAUUUAAUGUUUAAUAUUGUGUUAGCUAUACGAAAGAAAAAUGGUAAACAAUAAAAUUGAUAUUAAAAUAUUUA